CUGAGAGAGAGAGGGAGAACAAGGUGAAGGCAGUUACACUUUACCGGAAGACCAAGACAGACAGGUCUGGAGAAAGACAGCCAUUGAAAUACCUGUUUUGGGAAGUUUUCAGCCUUUAUUUGAACCCAUCUACAUGAAGUAGAAGAAAGCAUCAACAAGAUAAAAAGAAGAUUACUGUAUUCCUGUUUUAAGAUUUUCUUCUGACCACACAACAGGAUGGAGGAACCAGAAGUAUCAACAGCAUCACGUACCAAUUCAAUACGGCACCAACACAAGACACCGGGCUCCGGUGAUGACCAGGACAAUGCCUGGGAUGCCGGUCCAGAGUGUUCAAUCUGCUUUUGCGCAUACGACAACACCUUCAAGACACCGAAGCUUCUCGAAUGUACCCAUACCUUCUGUCUGGAAUGUCUGUCUCGCUUUGUGACUAUUUCACCAGAGCAGGAGGGUACCCAGAUCACCUGCCCUCUUUGUCGGCGGCCAACAUCCGUGCCUGAGCACGGUCCUCCAGAUCUGGCCACCAGCCAGGAAGUUUUGGGCCAACUUCCAAGCGACCAGCAACAAGUGGAGAAAGUUUUUCUAGAUGGAGAGAGGCUGUGCUACUCAAACCCUAUGAUACCCAACCGCGUCUGCAUUGACAUCGGGGAGCAUAAACCAGAGCAGACACCAACAACAGAGGAGAGAAGACAGGGUUGUGGAUACAGACUGCUGCGAUUCUUGGGUUUUUAUGGGAACUGGAAGAGGCUUGUGGUCUUCAUCAUAGUGCUUUUUGUGGCCUUAUUCGUUAUACUGUGGCCCCUCCAGUGCUUUAUCAUCUCAAACUCCAUGUCACAAUGCUUCGGAGAAUCAUCAGCUAUGCUCAAUUCUCCCAGACCUACAGUCGGUACCUAAGACACACAGGUGGACACAAGAAAUUUUUAUUCAAACCUGGAAAGAGUUUAAAUUUCAUGAAUUACAAAUGACAUUCAGGUUGUAUGGGCUUCAGUCUAAAAUCAUGACUGAUAAGCUGAAACCGCAGCCACAACCUUUAUGGCUUCAUAUGACAGGAAACCUGUAUUGGUUAAAGUUCUACUUUCUCAUUUAAAGUCAAUAUUUGUUGCACGAAAUUUCAUUGUCAUAUCACAUACUUCCUAAAUGCCACUGUAAAUAUUUAAAAUUCUUUUUUGUGUUUAAACCAGAUGGACAAAAUCAACACUAGAAUAAAACAGUUUUUAUAAUUUACACUUUUAAUAGGAUCCUGCUUGCAGGUUUGAUUGCUUUGGCUGGAACCCUCUAAAAUCUCUUUGCACAAUUUGUAAAAUAAUAAGCCUGCAAUUUAUUGUAUGUUUAUUUGCAAAAUUAUUAUUAUUAUUUUAUUAAUUAAGCAUGUAUAUUAACUGAGUUUUUAAAAUGGUUGUACUACCA